AUGGCUCGAGCAACUCGAAGAUCACGUUUCGGACUACCAGAUGUGUUUUUGCAAGAGCCAAAGCAACGAGAGGAUGAGUUAACGGCUGAAACGGUAAAAAAUGGUUUUACCUACAAACCUGUCGAUGCACUGAUGGAACAUGAAGGUUUCAAAGGUCAAGAUUUCUUCAAGAAUGCCGAUGAAGGUAUUCUGGAAUUCUUUCGAAUUAUUUUACUCAAAAAAGAAGAAAAUCAUACGAUGAACGAUAGUACCAAACGAAAACCACCAACAAUCAAUAAAUCACACUUUUGGCCAUUAAUGGGACCACGAACAGCGAAAUCUUUUGAACAGUGGCUAUCAUUAUUAGCAUCAACAGAAUCUCUUGGGAAACUAGGAAAACAAGUGCCCAUUAUUCUUAAGAAAGAAGAUGUUUUCCAACAUCUCUAUGAACAUAAUGUAUCACUUGUACGUGCUUGUUGGUAUAUCAAAAUGUUGGCGCUCUAUCACAGUGCAAAUAACGAUUCAAAACAGAAGAAAAGACACGUAGCAACUGAUCCUUGCACAGAAUGGACAAAGAUUACAACAGAACUUCUAAAAGAAGUUUUUGAUCGUUUAAUCAAAGAAAAUAUUCAAAGUCAACGUGCAACGCCUAUUCCUGAUAUAUCAACUGGUCAUUUACCUGAAUUAACGAAUGAUCAGCAUGCACUUUCCUUGAAUUCAGGCUCAAUGACUCCUCAGUACGCGCCAUCGACACCACAAAUGCAUCAUCAAUCACCAUCAACCAAUCCCUUAUCGGACAAGACGCGUCGACAAUGGGACUACUACAAUCGUCUAUUACGAAUUUUAUUCGAUCAAGGUCUACUCGAUCGGCAAGCAGUUGUCGAGUGGAUUGUUGAUACAUUCAUCGAUCGUAUUAAGCACAAUGAUGAUCUUAAUCUUCGUUAUGUUAUUCCACUUGUAUUCCAAUUUAGCAAUGAAAUUCUUGAGUACGAAAUCUUCUCUCGCAAAAUCUCGUAUUAUUGUUGUAAACGUCUCGGUCAAUACCAUACGGAUAUCAAUCAACCAGUUAACUUCGCUAAUUUAACGUCAUGUCCACAACAUCGCGUUAUUGUCUACUCGCUUUCAGCUGUUAUUCAAUGUAUCACUUUACGUUGUCCAGCAGCACUUCUCUACAAUAAUCCAAUUGACGAUCAACAAAAAACGGAUACACUACUGUUGAAUUACGGUUCACCAUUGGAUUUUCUUCCAUGUGCACCGUCACAGCUUCCGUUACCCGUUGGCAUCGAUCAACAGUUGGUUAAACAAAUGUUAACACAAGCGGAAGAUGAAAUUCGUUGUCGAAGUUCAGCGAUUGAACACAAAUGGUCAACAGAAAAGUUACAACAAAGCAUUUCUGGUCAAACCAUAUCACGUGUUCUCUCUGUUCUGGAAAUUCUCGAUGAAUUCAAAGAAGAAAAGUAUCUUUUAGACAAUGUUUAUAACAAAAUUUAUCCAAAUUCAUAUCGAACAGAAUCGUUGGCAGCUGAAAUCGAAAUUGAAGUCAUUCAUCUAAUGUGCGAUUGGGCAAUAACGACACGGCGGCACGGUGUUUAUCGAGCUUUUUUCAUUGCACGUUUACUUGAACGGCGACAAAAUGAACUGAAAACACUUCGUUUACAAGAAGUCAACGAAGCAGCGGAUGAAAAAGAAUCAACACCAUCGACAAUCAUUCAAGCUCAUCCAUUCCAAUCAUCUUUAACUGAAUACGUCUUAAAGAAAGCUCCAUUCAUCGAUGAACCAUCUACAAACGAUCUCGAUCUAACAACAUCGUUCGCAUCACUCGUCAUGCUCUUCUCUGAAUUUAUCCGUUUGAAUAUCUUUUCGCCCAUGCAAUUUAUGUGCAACCUCGUCGCUCACGGCCUCGUACCGAUAGUUCACGAGAAUCACGACAAUACAAAUAGUUCCCAGGUCAACCCCACUCCUAAUAUGUACAAACCACAUGGUUAUAAUACAAUGAUUCGACAUGAUACAUUAAAUAUGGAUUCCAGUUUCGAUCGACGUCAAACGAAUACAUUCAUCGAUCUUGAUCCAUUGGAAUCGAUGAAUGCGUCACCAUCUACAACACCAAAAACACAUCUCCGACAGACAUCGAAAAUGGACUUGAAUCGUAACUCUCAUCAAGCAAAUGAAGAUUUCAAUAAUCAACAGCAGAAUCGUAAACGUUCGUUGUUUUAUCUUCAGCAAUUUCCAUAUCCAUUAGAAGAUGAUUUUCGCGAUGAUUUCAAUCAAAGAAAAAUCAUUCUCUUCGGAAUUACACAGAAACGAGAUGAAGCAAAACGGCAAUUGAAGGCCAAUGUUCGUCUGUUAAGUUCACUCUUCAAACUACGCAAUUGUUUGGAAACAACAAGUGAAAGUCCACCAUUCACUCGCCCGAUUCCAUUCGCAUCCUAUCUAAAAAUUCGUAAAUCAAUCUUAUCUCUAUCUUAUCAUGAUCAAUAUUAUGUUACCAAUCGUGUUAGUAAACUACUAAUUGAACGUUUAACCAAUUUCAUCGAACGUCGGACAAGUCGAUUACCAUGGUUGGACGAUGUUGCUUUCUUAUUUGAAUUAAUGGAAAAAUCUUUAAACUUAUUUGGAUUGAUACAAACAUGCGUGGAUAUUUUUCGAAUAUUUAGUCGCAUUGAGUCCAUGCAUUCGUUAAAAGCUAGUCCAGGAAUGUGUAGCUAUCGAUUCGAACUUUACUUAGAAAUUACAUCCAUCUUUCGAUUUUAUACACCAGUUCUAAUACUAAUACCAAACAAUAUGAUACAAGUUUUCGACAAUUUGAUACAAAUUACUCAACAUAUUCAAGAUCCAGUUCGCACAACUUCAGUCGAACGUGCCUUACUGAUGCUUAUGCACGAUUCGUACUUUUCCUGUCCUUAUAUAAAGAGUAAAUACAUGGAUCGAGUGCCACAAAUAAUCGCUCUGAUCAAAAAAGAGUUGUACACUCAGACGUCUCAAAACAAUAAACAAGAUGCAGCAAGUGCCAAUUGUCAAUACCAGUCUGACGCUUUCCUCAACAUCAUUGAAGAACCGAGAAAAGCACUGACAGAAUUUCAGUUCGAUCGAGAAAAGAUCCAUCAUACGAAACAAUUGGAUGAAAGUGCACAAGCACGAGCUAGUUUUGUUAUCAACACACUAAUUGCUGUUUCAAAAGCAAAAACUCUAACUUAUAUACAUGAUAUCGCGCAUUUAGCGACUGAGUUAACAUGCCAAGUAGCAUCUCUCGGUUCAGUUUGGUUACUUGCUAUUAAAGCUCUUAGUACAUGCACACCGCCAAAUCGUCAGUCAAAUGCACCAAAUCAUACGAAUGUUUUCGAAGAAUUGCGUCGUAUUGAUGCGAACGAUCUAUGUAUACAUGAUAAUCUGUCGGUUUUUAUUUCAAUUUUAAUUGCGCGUCAUGCACUUUCUAUCAAUGAUUAUAUUAUUGUUAGUGUUCAAUCGAUAAUUGCUUCCACGCCGAAAGAACGUUUAGAUCCUUUAGCAUCGCGAUCGAAUCCUUCGUCAUUACGUGCACGCGGUUCAAGUGGUGAAGAAGCAAAUGAACCCGGUACAAGAUUUACUUGUGAUGUUAUUGAACAUCUCUUCUGUGCAAAUCAUAUCCCGUGGACAAUGAUGAUUUCGUCGCGUGAACGUCGGUUGUUAGCAUCGAAUUAUCGUCUUGUUGCAUUUGGAGCAUUUUUGUGUGUGCUAAAGUCAUUAUUAAUUAUUAGUCAGUCAUGUUUUAAAGAUUGUAAAGUCUAUUAUGAACUGUGCCGUGAAGCAACACAGCGGCAUAAGGACAAUGAUCGUCUGUUUAAUACUUCGAAUAACGAUGCAAAUAGUCAAGCCGAAAAAGAAUUCCGGCUGUAUCGUGAGCCAGUUCCAGAAGAAUUAGUCGAUUUAUCUAUGCGCGUAUUGAAAUUAUGCUGUGAUCAAGAUUGGAUUCAAGAACGUUGCUUAAAAGAAUCGGAUACACUAUGUAAUCAAACAAAUCUAUGUGAUAAAUUAUUAGAUGAUGGGCAAGCACAACAAUUACUCCGAUUUAUAUGUUACAAAUCAACCUCGGAAUUGACUAAAGUUUCAUUUGAUAAAGGACCAAAACCAAUCAUUUCAUCUUUAUUACAAAAUCUUAACCAAUGGACAUUACGUGCCACAACUCUAGAAUUAAAAUUGAUGCUCAAAAUUCUAGAAUACAAUGCACCUUCGCAACGACCACAGGAUGCAAAUUUUAACGUGUCACUAGCUCUUAAAACACAUGAACACAACACGUUGCAUUUGUUGCAAUCGAUAGCUAGUGCAACAAUUGAAUUAUUUCAACAUCAAACUGAAGGACGAUAUGGCGCGUUAGCACAAAACACUGAACAUUAUGAUCGAAAAGGAAUAUGGUUAAUUGCACCGUUGAUAUCACGUUUACCGGACAAUGUACAAAGUCGUAUAUUGCAAAUAGCUGGAAGUGUUCUUGAAAACGGUAAUUCGAUGUUGAAUUCGUCGAAGAGUAAAAAUGACAAAGAAAAUCAAGUUCUUCGAAGCAUUUCAUUAUUAAGUCAUCAGCCAUUUUUAUCUCUCGUUCUUUCCUGCUUGAAAGAUCAAGAUGAUCAACGAACUGGUCUACUUGACUCCUUACGCGGUCAACUUGAACAAUUAUAUAAACAAGAAUGUGAACAUUGUUCAACACCGGGAAAAAAUCUUUCAAAUAUAUCAUUAACUGUCAAACCAACAGGGGGUAAUAGUGGUAUUGGUAGCGGAGGAUCAUAUCCAGAUUGUCGUUGCAAUUGUCACAAAACAGACUGGCAAAUCUAUUCAAAUAAUCUGGCACCCAUUGUUCAAGAUGACCCGAAUAUGAAAGCAGUGAUAUUUGAAUCCUUACAACUUCGAUUGAGUCUUAUUGGUGGAAUGUUCGAUACGAUCGUUCGUAACAACAAUUCGGCAACAGAAUGGAUUUCUGUAUUUGCUCAACUAAUUGCAUCAGGUGUCAUUGAUACAAAGAAUAAUUCGCCUCUAUUAAAUACCGUACUCGAUAUGCUUGGUGUUCUUGUUCAUGGAAUUGUGCCGGCGGAAGGGCCUAUUGAAAAUAGUCGCGUAUAUAUGACAUUGGUACGGAAGAUCCGUAAAGAUAUUGGUGAAAGACGAUCAGAAGCAUUAGAUGAAGUGAAACGAUUCUUGCCAUUACAAAAGCCAUCGUUUGAUAUAUAUGUUGUUGAACCAUUUGAUGGUGUUAACAGUCGAUCAUUGAACUCCGAAAUGAAAAAACAUGGUUUACAAGUGGCGCGAAAAGAAAAGAUUAACAGUUGGGAAAUGAUUGAAGGUACAAAAUCAGCAACAUCCAUUUGCUUUUCAUGGUUUUGUGCGCGAAAGACAGAACGUAAACGGUUACGAUAUGAAGAACAAUAUCGUUUAUUACUUCGACACAAGCAUAACAUUUUUGAUAAACCUCUUACUUACUUUCGAGAGUUACCACGUGUUCCAGUUGAAGCUCCGGAGCAUCCCGAAGUGGAGUUUGUCGCUGAGAAUCGUCCAUCGAUUCAUCCAAAUCAAAUGCAAACUGGUCCAGGUAGUUAUGUUUCAAUGGCAUCUAUGCAUAAUCCUAUGAUGCAACAGUCACCUGGUAUGCCAAUGUCUAUGCAGUCACCUAUGGUUGAUAUGUCAGGUAAACAACCGAAUGCAAGUAUGAUGGGUAUGCCGACAGCUCGUGGUACGCCGGAACGUAAAGUGCGUGGCCAAGCUCCUGGGCCGGGCGUACCUCCAGCUAAACAGCGCGCUCAACGUUUGCCGCGUGGCACGGGCCCACGAGCCGCUGCCAUUCAACCGCAAGUUCCAACCGCUCCGAAUGUUUACGGAGCUCAACAAGCGCCUGGACAUCCCUCAAUGUUUCCACAAUCCACUUAUGGUCAAUGGAUGCCAUCGCAACCCAUGUCUGGUCCUCAACAACCAUCUAUGAUGUCUACAUAUUCUAAUGGGCUGCAAAUGAAACCACAACCACCACACAUGAUGCAAAACGUUCGACCAAACAGCAUGGUUCCUGGUCGAACAAGUGUACAGUAUCCAAAUCAACCAAUGCAACCACAGCAACAACCUAGUGCAAUACCACAACAACAACAACAACAACAGCAGCAACAGCAACCACCACAAGGACAACCAUCACAGAUGUCAGUUGGAUAUGUGAAUGAUCCAACGUCGAUGAUGAUGUCAUCAGUUAAUGCGAAUCCCAUGGCUCAAAAUAUGAAUCGACAGCCACCAAGUUCCACUGUGUCUGGUAAAAGAAAACUCACGGAAUCUACUAUUUAUGCUCCUGAUCAAUCACAAUAUGCAACGCCAGCAAAAAUACCACCUCAAACAGCAGGUGCAUCAAUGUCACAAUAUCAACCAAAUCCAGUUAUCAUGCAACAAAACAAUUAUAUGCAUCCAGCUCAACAACAACAACAGCAACAACAACAACAACAGCAGCAGCAGCAACAACAGCAGCAGCAGCAGCAACAACAACAACAGCAGCAGCAACAACAACAACAACAGCAGCAACAGCAGCAACAACAACAACAACAACAAGUAUCUCAUUCACAAAUGUAUUCUCAAGGACAGAUGCCUUCCGCUUCAUAUAUGAAUAAUCAAAUGCUUGGAAAUCCAGCAAAUAUGAUGCCACAACAAACACCUGUCUAUCCUAACAUGAUGAGUAAUCAACAGACAAAUGUUUACAAUACUGGACCUGGCAAUCCAGCGAUGAAUCGAACAGCAAGUCAAGCGCCUAUGCCAAUGUCUAAUCAACAAUGGCAAAACACUCAAGCAAUGAACGUUGGACGGCAACCACCCAAUCCAUACAAUCAAAUGAUGCCACCUGAUGUUCAACAGCACUAUGUUCAACAACAACAGCAGCACUAUCAAUAA